CAAGAAGUUGUCAAAAUCUAGGGAGAAAAAUGAAAGUUGAAGUAGAAAUCAUUUCCAAAGAGCUAAUCAAGCCAUCAUCUCCUACACCUCCCCAUCUUCGCCAUCUCCAACUCUCAUUUCUUGAUCAAGUCCAAGCUCCAGUUUGUAUGCCUUUUGUUCUUUUUUACUCUAAAGACCCCAACUUUUCCAAUUCAGAAAGAUGCAUCAAACUCAAGACAUCUCUAUCAAAAGCUUUAACCGCAUACUAUCCGCUCGCCGGACGUGUUGACAACAACGAUUAUGUAGACUGCAACGACGAAGGUGCCUUGUUCGUCGAAGCUCAAGCAAAUAUUCCACUCUCUCAUAUACUUUCAGUGUCAACAAAGUUUCAUAAGGUCCAUCCAUGGUACGAUGCUAUGAGCAACAAGAAGUUCUUACCCCUUCAACCUGAUGAAGGAAAAGAUUUUGCAGCAUUUUAUCAAAUUACUUUCUUCACUUGCGGCGGUUUAGCCAUUUCAAUGGCGCUGUCGCAUAAACUUGGCGAUGGUUUAUCAAAGAUUAUAUUCCUCAACCACUGGGCUGUAAUUACUCGACAAUCAAAUUCUGAUGUUUUAACUAAAAUCCCUCCGUUUGGUUUAGCCACACUCUUUCCUCCUAAAAAACUAGGGUUUGAUCCCAGAGAUGGGAUUAUCAAAGAUAAUAUCGUCACAAAGAGAUUUGUAUUUGAUGCUUCUGUCUUAUCAUAUCUUAAAUCUAAAUACUCCGAAAACAACGGCGGCACUCCGUCGAGGGUGGAGGCGUUAUCCGCUUUCAUAUGGAGUCGGUUCAUGGCGGCUACGCAACCAAACGAAACAAGCAAUAAGCUCUACUUAGUGCUUCAUGCCGUGAACUUGCGGCCGCGAAUGGAACCGCCCCUCUCAAAUCAGCAUUUCGGUAACAUAAGCAGGAUCGCCACGAUGGCGCUAGCAAAUCAAGACGGAUUUAUCACAAAUGAAAAUCAAGACGUAUUUAUGAGUCGGAUGAAAGAUUCCAUAAAAAAUGUGAACGCGGAUUAUGUGAAGAGUCUUCAAAAGAGCGACGAACAUUUGAAUUUUCUUAAGGAAGGGACAGAAAAAGUGACCAAAGGAGAAAUGAUUCAUUUUGGCUUUACCAGUUUAUGCAAUUUUCCGGCGUACGAAAUUGAUUUCGGGUGGGGAAAGGCGGAGUGGGUCGCUUCAGCUCCGGUGCCAUUCAAGAAUUUAGUUAUUAUGUUGGAUACUAGUGAUGGAAAGGGGAUAGAGGCUUGGAUUACUUUGGAAGAAGAAAAUAUGGCUAAGUUUGACAUUGAUAAGGAGCUUCUUGCACAUGUUUCUUCUUCAAUUUUAAGGUCUAGAUUUUGAUAAAUUCUGAUUUGAGUGAGUGUAAGUUGGUUGUAUUGCUCGUUAAUUUUCCAAUUAAUCUUUGUUGUGUAAGUAGGUUUUGUUAGUUAAUCCAGUUUGAUAUUUUUAAA